ACUGAAUUGCUGAAAAUGCCCAUGAAGCAAAGGUGGCAUGAGACCCUGGUAAACACUAAAACCAACAAACCAACACAGAAGAAAGUGGGAAAGGACCUGGCAGCAUUAACGGCUCCUGCUUCAAGUGGAGGUAAACAGGCUGGCAGCAGUAUGUCUAAACCCGGUAUUAGUUGUGGAGGGAGCAACAGCCUCAGCAGCAGAGAUGGUGACUUGGUUGCCACCGGCAGUAAGACUGGUGGCAGUUUGAAAAGAGGCACCACUGGCCACCAGAGUACCAGACAAGCAUCUCACCCAACCAGACCAGCUUUCCGUCUCUGCAGCAGUCGCAGCUUUUCAUCCCUCAACACCUCCUCCUUCACUGCUGCUCCGUUCAUGAGAAGCAGUCGCUCUCUCAGCAGACUCGACCGAAGAUCCGUCGGAGAUGAUUCAGACUAUGCAGGUACAAGUUCACAAGUAAAGAGAAGACAAUCCUCAGAAAAGACAGUCCUGGAUUGUGGCCAGCUGUCCUCCUCUGAGGAUCAAAUCAGGGAUAACAAAGACCAGUGUCAUGAGGAUAAUGCUGAAAAAAUGGAAAUAAGAACUACAUCUGAGCCAUUGGAGAGUUCUUCCUCUGCCUGUCAUCAUCACUACAACAAAGUAAAGAAAGAGCCUGACCUUCUCGACUUUAAGAAAGGAUGGAUGAUGCAGCAGGAUACAUAUGGACAGUGGCAGAAAUACUGGUUUGUCCUGACCGACCAAAUCCUGAGAUUCUACAAAGAUUCAGUUGCUGAGGAGGCAGCUGAGGUGGAUGGUGAGAUAAACUUGUCCACAUGUUUUGACAUCACAGACUACCCGGCUCAGAAGAACUGUGGUUUUCAAAUUCAUACCAGAGAUGGAGUGCACACACUUUGUGCCGUGACUACUGACAUGAGAUGCAACUGGGUCCAGGCAGUGUUGAAGAGUGUGAAGCCCACACUUACACCUGACGUCACAAACUCCCUUUUGGAGCAUAACGCUCAUCAGAAAUCACAGCAACCAGACUCACAGGCAGCUGAGGUUUUCUGGAAAGAGAAGGAGACUCAACUGCAGCCAGAGAGAGAGCAAAGCUCUGCUGAUGGAAGCUCUGCAUCAUCCACAGUCUCCUUUUCUCAUCCGUCUUCACUCUCCGCCACCACGACUCCAUCUCCCAUCAGUCCUACACACCAGGAGGGUGAAGGCGUUUCUUGUCAUCAGUGUCCACUUCUUGUUGGAACCACACAGACCGCAGGUGUGACAUCACGUCUUGAAGGAGGCGGAAGCGACAGCUCUACAUCAACAGUGGCACUGUCAAAUGAUGAGUGUCUUGAUGAACAUUCAAACAUGCAGAGUGAAAUUGAGCAGUACAGCCAGCAAGUUAAAACCACCACCCAAAAGGAGGAGAAACGGGUAACAAUAAACACCAGCUGCGAGUGCACGGAAGAGAAGGAAAAACUGCCCUGUGAGCAGCAAACUGGGCAACUUGUCAAAGAGCUGGAGCAAACGCAGAGGGAAUUGUCUCGUCUCCAGCAGUUAAACAGGAAUCUGCAAGAUGAGCUACAACAAGAAAAAAAGAUUAAUUCAAGGGAAAGGAUUCGUCCACAGAAUGAGCUACUUAAAAACUCCAACUUGUCAUCGGAACAAGCACUGGCUUUACAGCAACUGCAUAAGAUAAACCGUGACCUCCGCUUUGAGCUGGAAGCACAAAAGAGGAGUCAGGAGGAAGCCAGGGAAACUGAACUACAGCGAAGAGCAGAUCUCUUAGCUCAACAAGCACAGUUACUGGUCACAGGUGACGCCACAGCACUUGCACAAGUCCAUCUGGAGCAAGAUCGCCGACGGUUUCAUGAGCAGCAGGUGGAAUGGGAGCAUUGCAUGGCCUCCUUGAAGUCCCAGCUGAAUGUCAGUGAGGAACAGAGGAGGGAGGCUGAGGCCCGCUUGAUGCAGCUGCAGCAGGAGUUGCAGAGUUACCACGAUCUACAACAGGAGGCAGAUCAGCUGCAAAAACGUCUCCAAGACAUGGCAACUCAGCUUCGUGACAAUGAGGAAGCACAGACUCAAAAAGAGGCUCGCCUGCAGAAGCACCUCAUGCUCCUUCAAGCGAGUCAGGACAGAGAACGGAGGAGCUUGGCUGCAAGCCUGGCACAGACUGAGGAACGCUCGCAAGACCUUCAGGAGAGACUGGACAGGGCUGAGCAGCAGGUGGAGAGCCUGAAUAAGAGUCAGACAUUGACAAGGGAAAUUGAAGAGGCUCAGCAACAGCUACAAGAGGAGAUGGCAUGCACGGUAUCUGCUGUGCAGAGGCUCCAAGAGGAGAGAGAGCAGCUGGACCGUCGCUGUCAAGAGCUGCACAACCAGCUGUCUGAGGCAGAUGGGGAAGUAGGCAGGCUGCAGAGCCGCUUGAAAACCGAAGAGACACACUACUACAAUCUUGAACACUCAUAUGAGAGUGUUUCUGAGGAGCUGCAGCUGGCCUUGGGAAAGGUGCAGCAAAGGGAGUCUGAAACACAGGACAUGCGAGAAGGCUACGAAAGACUCCUUGACACGAAGGAGCAAGAGCUGAAUGAAGUUUUGUUGAAGAUGGAGGUCUUAGGUAACAGCCUGGAGGAGACAGAGGUGAAGCUGAACGAAGUGUUGAAAGUUUGUAUCUGUGGCUCUUCUCAGCUGAAGGAUGAGUCUUCAGAUCCUGCUCAGCAUAAUGAGAGACAACAGCAGACAACUGAGGCUCUUGCCGUAAACAACAGCAGGCCAAAGGCAAUGGACGAUGGUCAGUUUUCUAACAGUUCAACUGACAUAAAUGUUCAGAUAAACGGCAACCACUCUCAUGCAGACCACGCAAGAGCCCGGUCUCGCUCCAUUGACGCAUCAUACCAGUACAUUGUCACAGCAGGAGAUGACCCAGAGAGGUUUAUGUCUGUAAUCCAGUUACUUGAAACCAAGCUUUAUGUGACAGAGGAGAAGCUACGGGAUAUCACGCACAGACUGGAAGAACACCAGAAUCACAACAGCUGCCAGGACCCCCACCUUUGCUCCCAGCUCACUCAGAGCCGAGCCACUGCUCAGCACCUCAGUCUGGUGCUUCACAGUCAGGCCAAGCAGAGCCAGCGCUUUGCCCAGGAGACAGAGAACCGUUGCAGGAUGUUGGUUGACCGGUUUCAGGUUGCACUGAACAUCAUACUAGCCUGCAGGGAGAGGCUUCAAACCAGACAAACCGGCACCACAGUUGAUAUGACUGACUUUGAGAGGCAACUAGCUGCUGUUGCUGCCUGCCUUCAGCAAGGAGAGAGAGAGGCAGGGAAACAGCAGCGUGAGUCACAUAAUGCCAGCAAAGUGGAGGACAAAAUCCUCAGUGAUAAGACAUUAGUUGGAGCUGAGAGCAAUGUUAGUGCUAACACGCUACCCUCAGAGAAUGACAUGGAAACUGUUGCAAAGUGUUUAACAAGAGAACUAGUUGUAGUAGGAAAAAUGGUGUCUGUCCUUCAGAGUCGAAGUGGCUUUGGCCAGCUAUCUUCAGUGCCAAGAGAAGGUGAAGGGGAUGUUGCACACAGGUACAAAAGCAUAAUCUCCCAAAUAAUAGCCUUAAAAACUGAAAAAAAGACUCAGUCAGGAAGAGAAGAAUGUGACAGCCAUGAAUCGUUAGAAAGUGCCAUUGGCAGAGCCUGUGCUGAAGCAGAGCUCAUUUAUGCUGCCUUCAGAUUUCAGCAGCAAUAUGAGAGCAAGACUCAAGUAAAUAAUCAAGAAGUGGAGCUUCUAAGGGAGGGACUGGCAGACAUCAGUCCUCCAGAGUUGGCUUCUUAUGAAGAGCAAGUGAAGGGAGAAAGCAGAGGUUUAGAAGGAGCUGCAAAGCCACUUGACAAGGACGAAUUUGUUGACAAAAAGGUAAAGGCAGAGAAAGAGCCAGACUGGUUAGAGAGACUUAUAUCCCGGCUGCAAAAAAGGUCAAAAUUCUUAUGCCAACUCUGCCAGGAGAUCUCUGAUAGCAACGGACUAGCAUAUAGUAAGGAUGACAACUGGGGAAAUUAUACUGCUGUAGACCUGAAUUGGAUGCAGGAGCAGGCAAAGUUGAUUUAUCUGUCAGACAGGCUGCACUUAGAUUUAGAGCAGGAGUUGCAGCAAAGUGAGGCAUUACAGGGCAAAGUGCAAGCUUUGAGCCAACAGCAGGAUAUCUCAUUAAUGGAUGAGCAGGAGGCUUUUAAUCACACCUUAUAUCAGCUUCAGGAGGACAACAGUGUCCUAAGAGAAGAACUAGAGCGUGCUGAGCAAAGGAUAAUAUCUGUGGAGACCGGGAACCAGAGACUCCUACAAGACAUACAGAAAAUUGAGGAUUACCACGAGGAGCGGAUGCAAAAACUGGAAACUGAGUUUCGAGAGAAAAUAAGGGAACUGCAGCAGAUUCAUGAAGAGGAGAUGAGACACUUGCAUUGUUACUACUCCAAGUCUUGUUUUUCUAAAGAGAAACUGACUGAAAGAGCCUCCUCCCCACCAGACCAGACCAUAAAGGCAUCUUGUGAUCAAGGUUUCCCUGCUAUGGAGGAAACGCACAGGAAGCUGAUAGGUGAUCUGCAGCAACAGCAUCAGAGGGAAGUUGCAGCACUUCAGAAGGAGAAAGACCAGCUGCUGCAGGAAGAGACAUCUGCCACAAUGGCAGCCAUUGUAGCAAUGAGAAGAGCCCAUAAAGAGGAACUGGAGAAAAGCCGACGGUCUCAACACAUCAAGGAGAGUGCUGACAUAACACAACUACACUCCGAAUAUGAGAAGGGGAUCCAGUUAUUGCGCAAGGAGCUCGAGAUGUUGUCGCUUCAGCACACUCAGAAAUGCCUGGAAAACUCUCAGCUGAGUCAAGAGCUGCAAGAUGAGAGAAAAUCCUUGAUGCAAUACCAGAAAGAAAACCAAGAGCUCAAAAAGAAGCAGAGAGAGACAGAAGACGUGUCUCGCCUUCAUUUCUCGCUAAAUAGGAAACAGUCCCAUGCAGCUUCACAAGCAAAAGACUUCUAUGAGAUGGAGGUGAUUCUGCGGGCAAGGGAAGCAGAGAUGCACUUUCUCAGACAGGAAGCUUGUUCUCUCAGGGAAGAGUUAAAGAUUGCUCGAAUGGACAAAAUAUAUGCCCAAAACAAGCUCAAGGCCCUCUAUACAACCAGCCAGGAUGAUGAUGUUACUUGGCCUCCCAGUAGAAACGUCUCAGCACAGAACCUCGAUGACACUGUGACAAACUCAAGUAAUGCUGCUUUUCUGAAGAAAACAGACAAAUCAUCCCUCACACGUCAAAUCAGAGGAGUGAGAUCAAAGAGUUUGAAAGAGGGCCUCUCUGCCCAAGAGAGAAUGAAGCUGUUUGAUUCAUUCUGAUCCAAAGAAGAUGAGACGAUGGAAUCUGCAUCUCAGAGUAAAGCUGCUGUUUGGCCGAUGAAGAAGAUGUAUUUUUAUCUAUUAUGUUUAACUUCUGUUGUUACACAACAUGUGUUAUAUUAUGUCUCAUUGUUUUCUGUGUAAAAGGUUGAUUUGUUGUUGUCUGAUUUGAUACUGAUGUGCUAUGUGCUUUGGAAAAGAGCAGAUUUUGUAUUUAUGUACAGUAAAUGUGCUGGAUCAGAGCGCCACUAGAGGGAGCAACAAAUAUUUAUAGAUAAAAAUUUAUUAAAGUUAAUUAUAAAAUAUAACAGUAAUCAUAGUGAAUUGAUAUUUGUAUUUUCAUUCACAGCCCAGUACAUUGCACAGUGAUUUUGUACCUUAUAGACACACGGCCUGUGUUUCAUUAAAAGUAGUAAUCAUAA